AUGGCCCUAGGUCUCCUGUGGCUGGGCCUUGUCCUGCUGGGGGCCCUGCAGACCCAGGCCCAGGAUUCCACCCCAAACCUGAUCCCAGCCCCACCUCUGCACAGGAUCCCUCUGCAGCCUGACUUCCAGAAUGAGAAGUUCCAGGGAAAAUGGUACAUCAUAGGAUUGGCAGGGAAUGAAAUUAAUAAAGAAAAACACAGCCAGUUUAAGAUGUACACCACCACCUACGAGCUGAAAGAAGACAACAGCUACAAUGUCACCUCUACCGUGGUCUGGAAAAAGGCCUGUGACUACUGGAUCAGAACUUUUGUCCCAUGUUCUCGUCCAGGCCAAUUCACCCUGGGAAACAUCGAGCGUUACAUUGGAACCAAGAACUACACUGUCCGAGUGGUGGCCACAGACUACAACCAGUUUGCCAUGGUGUUCUUUGAGAAAGUUUACAAAAACCAGGAGUUCUUCAAGAUCACCCUCUAUGGGAGGACCAAGGAGCUGCGUCCUGUGCUGAAGGAAAUCUUCAUCAACUUUGUCAAAACCCUAGGCCUCACUGAUGAGCACAUCAUCUUCCCUAUCCCCAACGAUCAGUGCAUGGAUAAGUGA